AUGCAAGAACAAGGCAUAACCAUCAUGGGUUCUGGUGGUGUCGGCGUCGGCGAGCAGAACCACCAGCUCAAGGCGGAGAUCGCCAGCCAUCCGCUGUACGAGCAGCUGCUCUCCGCCCAUGUAGCGUGUUUAAGGGUGGCGACACCGAUUGAUCAGUUGCCACUUAUUGAUUCUCAACUCUCACAGUCUCAAAAUCUGUCAAGGUCUUAUGCUCAGUAUAAUAUUUCUCAGUCUCUAACUAUACAUCAAAGGCAAGAACUUGACAAUUUCAUGACACAAUACUUGUUAGUAUUGUGUUCAUUUAGAGAAGAGCUGCAGCAACAUGUCAGAAUCCAUGCUGUCGAGGCUGUCAUGGCUUGCCGUGAAAUUGAGCACAAUUUACAAAUAUUGACAGGAACAACAUUAGGUGAAGGAGCCGGAACCGGUGCAACCAUGUCGGAUGAUGAGGAUGAGCUUCAAAUGGAUUUCUCAUUAGAUCAAUCAGGAGCUGAUGGACAUGAUUUGAUGGGUUUUGGACCGUUGAUUCCAACAGAAUCAGAGAGGUCUCUGAUGGAAAGAGUUCGGCAAGAACUCAAAAUUGAACUUAAACAGGGAUUUAAGUCGAAAAUCGAAGAUGUUAGGGAAGAAAUAUUAAGAAAAAGAAGGGCAGGAAAAUUACCAGGUGACACAACUACAGUGCUCAAGGACUGGUGGCAGCAACACUCAAAGUGGCCUUAUCCAACUGAAGAUGACAAGGCAAAGCUUGUAGAGCAAACAGGGUUGCAGCUCAAACAAAUAAACAAUUGGUUCAUAAACCAAAGGAAGAGGAAUUGGCACAGCAAUUCACAGAAUGCUUCUUCUUUAAAGUCCAAACGCAAGAGAUAG